GGAGUCGCUCGCCCGCCCGCCCCGCGGCAGCCCCGGCUCGCCGCGGCGCCAGGCAGGGCCCCCGCCGGAGGAUGCUCGACCGGCCCCCGGGGCCAGGACCGGGACUAGCAGCAGGACUGGGACUGGCAGCGUGUGCUGCGCUCCGGGGACGGCCCCCACCCGCGGCACCCCGAGAGUAGCUGCUGGAAGGCCGCCCUGCCGUAGCCGCUGACGCUAUGGAAGACCGCAUCCGCUGCUCUCGGCUGUAGGAUGGUAGCGCACAGCAAGGUGUCAGCAGAUAAUGCACUUGGAGCAGACCCAAGAAGGCUUCUUGACCCUCCGGCACGGGAUUGCUCACAGGCACGAGGCUUCCAGGGCCCCGGCCGGCCCGGCACUGUGCAGGCACAGGGCAACACACACUUCCGAACCUUUCGCUCCCAAGCGGAUUUCAGUAGCAUCACUCGAGCCAGCAGCCUGCUGGAUGCCUGUGGCUUCUACUGGGGGCCUCUGACUGUCAGUGCUGCCCACGAGAAGCUGAAGCCUGAGCCCGAGGGCACCUUCCUCAUCAGGGACAGCACGCAAAAGAAUUGCUUCUUUGCCAUCAGUGUUAAGACUGCAACUGGACCCACCAGUAUCCGGAUUAACUUUCAGACUGGGCGUUUCAGCCUGGAUGGCAGCAAAGAGACUUUUGACUGUCUUUUUAAGCUGCUGGAACAUUACCUAAGCUCCCCGAGGAAGGUACUGGUUGCCCCCCUUCGCAAGGUCCGGGUGCAGCCACUGCAGGAGCUCUGCCGGAAAAGCAUCGUGAAGACUUUUGGAAGAGAGAACUUAAAUCAGAUCCCACUCAAUCCUGUUUUAAAGGACUACCUGAAAUCCUUCCCAUUUCAGAUAUAAGUGCAGCAUUAACUGUAUAGGGACACAUUAGACAUGUGUAACGAAAUCCAUCUUCCUGGGUUUUUAAAUAUGUUUGACAGUGAGCGAACUUAUUUUUGUAGCAGUUUACUGUAUUUUGCGAUGGAACCUGAACACUUGACUUCUUAUGUUUACAAAAACUGUUUGCACAAACCUGGGGUUUUAAAACCCUGGCAUAAUUUUUCUGCCAAGCAGAAUAUUUUACUAUUUUAUAAUAUUUUUAAUGAUAUUAACAUAAUAAACAUUAUUGUCACAGUUUUUAAAAAAA